AUGAGUGGAUCGUUGAACGUGGAGCAGGGGCCGCGUGAAGCGUCACCGGGAUCGGCGACACUGUUGGAUUCACCGGCGGCAACAGGAAUGAGUACCCGCCACGCAGAGCAAGUGGUUCAGAGUAUCAAAGUCUUGUAUGAGCUUCAUAAAAGCGGUGCCCUUUCACUCGAGGAAUUCAACGCAGCAAAACAGCAAAUCCUGUUUCCACCUCAUUCGUUACUAUCGGUGUCGGGACGGUCAAGUGAGGUAGGGCAUGCAGAAUACGUGAGAAGUAGGCACAUCAAAAAAAGGGAAAACCGCGGUAGCAAACGCGGUUCAAGUCACUGGAGCAGCACGAGCAGCAGCAGUAGCAGUAUCAGCACAGUUAGUAACUUUAUGGUCGCACCCCGCCCGAGAGUGUGGUUGCCCCUCGUUGAUGAAGGAUCUGGCGAUGGUGUAAAUCAUGACGCCGUAAUGAAAGAGGAGUUAGAUGAGGGAUUCCUCUCUGGACCCGUGGAUAAGGCGGGAUACUACUCGCUUCGGUCAAGAACUCUAUCCCAGGACCGGGGAAGACCCUGUGCGCCGCCGAGCAGCAACGGCCAUGGGAGUAACCUGAAGCGUUAUGGUACAUUUAGGUCCCCAUGGCCCGUCGUGAUUGGUGACACCAGCAUCCCCAAAGAAUCUGUUCGGGCACCGAUGCUCCCCGUCAAUCAAGUGUUUGUGGAAUACUUCAACUGCCGCGGCGAGCGGGGUCAAACGUUUAGCAGCGUGGAACUCAAGGAACAUCAGUUGCGUCCACCCCUCUUUCUUCAUAAGCGGUUUGCUACAGGGCAGCGUGAGAGGGUACCGGAGGCGCUAAGUACUUUGGCCCAUACGCAGGAACUGGUUCCGUCUGAGUCUGCAGUUUUGCAUGAAGAAUAUCCAGCAGCAGAACCGCCGGAUGCCCCUUCCGUAUCGGGGAACUCCAGUUUAGAGUUGUGCCUUAACUGGUAUUGGGUAGAUAUGGUGGGUCGUGACCCCUCGGAGGUAAUGUACAAAAAUGCUCUCCGUCAUUUGACGAAGCAGUUUGAUAUUGCAGAAUCUUUUCUACUGGACCGCGAACACCCUCUGGUGUUACCGCAGAUUUGCAGUUCCCCUGAGGAUCCCUCGCAGUUCCUAAUUUGCCUCCGUGUUGCCACAGCUAAAAUUGCGCUCGAUGAUGACAGUGUAAAGGAACUUACGAACCGCUGGAUUCUCGUAGUAGAUCUGAAGCGAAAGGUUGUCAUCACCAUCCACCGCAUGGAUAGUUCGUAUAUUGCCAACAUGCGCUAUCACUGGAAAUCAUUGAUGGAGCGAAGUGACAUAUCAUUCGAAGAGUUUCUUGUGAGGAUCAUGCAUGACGCGGUCUGUACAUACACCAGCCAUCUAAUUGCCCACUCCGAUAUUCUCGAGAAAUGCGAGGCAAAGCUCUUUGUUUCCAGUCGCAGGGGGACAAAUAAUGUUCCGGGUACCGAGUACAGCGCUAGCAAGCAGCAUGCUGAAGGGAGGAUCUUCUCACUUUUUGUCGAUGGUUCCUCAUCACCGUUUCUCUUGAAGUUGAUGGAUACAAAAAAUAAAGAGCCGAUGGAUAAGGGGCUCAUGAACAUUUUCCUUUAUCAUUUACAUCGUCGUGCGAGUGUUCACCACCGUGUACUUAAUAUGACGAGGGUAGUGCUUUCCGAGAGCUUCACAAAACUUGGACUUUGCAGCAAGGAAUAUGCGGAUGAGAUGUGUGUACACUGCAUAGAGCUGAUCGACCGCGCGCUAGAAAUUUGCGAUGAUGCCAAAACUCUCCUCGACAUGCAUAUUUCUUUGCAAUCGUUUCGAACGAACGAACUAAUGGCGCUUCUAACGAAAUUUUCGGCCUUCUUCACACCUAGUUCUUUCCUUGCCGCAGUGUAUGGUAUGAAUUUUCCCCACAUACCUGAGUUGCAAUGGGCAUGGGGCUAUCCAUGCUAUUGGUUGGCAUGUAUUGUGGCUUGUGUCCUCAUAUAUCUUUACAUGUACCGACGAGGACUUCUGGAGUAG